AUGUACCUCGAGGCGGGCGCUGUGCCGUCGCUCUUGCAGCAGUUCACGCUCACGUUCCGCCUCACUCCGCAGGAACAGGGCGUCUUGGGCGCGAUCGUCUACAUGGCCAUCUCGCUCGCGUCUCCCUGGUGCAGCGCGCUCUUCCGCCGCUUUGACCCGCGCCAGCUCCUCGGCGUCUCGCUCGUGGUCAACAACCUCGCCGUGCUGGGCUUCGCGUGCGCGCCCACGACCGCGUGGUACUCGACGCCACUGCUCAUUUCGUUCCGCGGCUUGAUCGGCCUGACGCAGUCGUUGAGCUGCGUGUACUCCCCCCUGUGGGUGCACGACUACGCGCCAAAGGCCAAGCGCGGGGCCUGGAUGAGCUACUUGCAAGGGGCAGUGCCCGUGGGCAUCACGCUCGGCUACUUUGCCGGGUCCGUUGCGAUUUGGUCGGCUUCGCAGGACUCAAAGCAAGCAGCGACGGCAUCGCAGCUUAGCAUCGUCCCCACGCUGUACGACAUCGCGCUCGCGGCCACGACAAGCAAACGCGCUGGUCUCGUUGACAGCAUGGACGAUGCCUUGUCCAGGAGGCUGUGCCACGGUAUCUACUGCUGGCGCUGGCCGUUCCUCACGCAAUUUGCACUCGUUCUGCCACUGUGUAUCCUGAUCUUUUUCGUGCCACGGGCCCACGUCCAACUCCGCUCGACUCGUCGGCGUCGCUCGAUUGCGAUCGUAGACAUUGACGAGGACGAAGACGUUUGGAGUGAGCAACGCACGACGCGGGAGAACUGUGCUGCUGAUGAUCAAGUGCGUGUGUUGAUCGGACACGAAAGGAACGGCACCGCAUUGAAUGGCUACUGCUCGCGAUCAUCGGAAUCGCACGAACAGGCCGAACCGGUGUCACGAUGGAGCGAUUUGCAGCUGCUGCUCCAGCAGAAGGUCUACGUGUGCAUCGUCAUGGGCCUGUCGGGUUUAUUCUUUGUGGUUGCAGGCAUUCAGUUCUGGACGACGCUGUACUUGGAGACGAAUACAAAAGACUCGGUGUACAAGAUCCACGCGGCCUACCUCUUGGUUAGCGGCACGGGACCGCUAGCGGGUGUCUUCUUUGGCGGGUGGCUCAUCGAUCAGUUCGGAGGAUACUCGGGCCCGUACCAUCAAAAGCAAGCACUGCGCGUAUGCGUGGUACUUGGCGGCGCGAGCUGCCUCGUAGCUCUCCCGCUGUCGUUUGUUCACAACACCGUCUACAUUGCGGUACUUCUAUGGCUCAUGCUGUUCUGUGGCGGCAGCAUUCUUCCCGCCUGCUCCGGCAUUGUGAUCUCGGCAGCCCCACGGCGACUGCGUCCAUUAGCAUCUUCCGUUGCGUAUGCGAGCUACAAUUUUUUUGGGUAUGCAGCGUCGAACUACAUCCCUGGCUUGAUCAUGAACUUCAUUAUCAACCCGGUCGUUGACGUGGAUCCAGACGCCGAUGGCCUUGCAAGCGUUGGCACAUGCAAUGCUGCCUGCACAUACCGCGUGGGGUUCCGAAUUGUAUUAUUGUGGAGUGUCUGGGCCUUCUUUUGCCUAACGUGUGGUGCUGUCGAGUCGGGUCGGAACUACGUCGCAACAGCCACUGCGCAUCAUAAUGGACGCGAGGGCGGGAAGCAGCUUCCACUGGUGCUCAAGAGCGCAGUGUAA